UCUCUCAAAAGCCCCCCAAUCAACCUCCUCUACUUUCUGAUCUGUUCUCCCUCUCAACGUAAAUUUCAUCUUCCAAAUUAGUCAAAUAUCCCAAAACAAAAAAACAUGUCCCAUUUUGGGGAUGAUGAGCUUUCAAUAGAGAGCUACAGAUCAAUCCCUUGGCUUAUAUGGAUUCAGCUCUUGAUCCUGGUCCUCCUCUUCUUUCUCCUUUACUGCUUCACCCUUUUUGUCCCUGCAGAUCAUCACUCCGACCAAACUACCAGUACUGCUGCUUCUUCUACAUAUACGAGUCAGCUCGUUUCCAACGAAACCCAGAGACAUAGGUCGAUCCCUAAAGGCAAUACCACAACAAAUGUUACAAAUUCAUGCUUAGAGACUAUAACUCAGGUCGGAGGAGGAAUUAUAAAGAGAUCAGAAAUAGGGACAAGCACGAGUAGAAGGAGUAGAAGAAGUAGAAGAUCGGUGAGAGAAGCAGAAGAUCAGGUUACAGAAAGGGAAUCAUCAUCUGCAGUAACCCCUAAAUAUUAUCACCCUUGCGAUUAUUUCAGGCAGGCUACAAUAGCAUUUUUUAAAUGUUUAGGCUUUGACUCCACUCAUGAUCAGAAUUCCGUUAGGAGAGAGAGUUAAAUGAAUGAAAAAUUAUAAGUGAAAAUCUCACAAAUUAAUUAUUUGCA